AUUUCGAUAUUAAACGGCGGUGCGUCGAUAGCCGACAGAUGUGUUUCGAUUUUGCCGAUGGUAUAUAUUAUCGUAUCGCUUAGCCCAUAAAAACAACGCGCAGUUAUAGUCUUCAAAACAAAUGCAACAAAAUGCUUGGCAAAAGCAUUGAUAGUACAGGCAAGCAGCCAACAUUUCAUGUUAUUCGCGAAGUCUAUGACAGUUCAAAUGCGCACGAACGAUUCGAAGCAGAGCUGGAAAAGGCGCUUGAGGCCAAAGUAGAUUUUAUUAUCAUCGAGCCGCCGAGAUUAGGCGAUGAGACUGGACGCUGGAUAUGGGUGGGCAAUUGCCUCCAUAAGACUGCAGUGACAACUGGCGUUGUUUCUUUAAUAUCUAGCUUGUUGUGGUACGACCGUCCAGUGAUUGCGGCUCCCAUUUGUGCGAUGUCGCUGUUCUGUGCCGGAUUAUAUACAGUAUCCUGGAACUAUGAUCCUUGCUGCCAAUAUCAGGUUGAGGAAAACAAUGAAGUCGCAUUAAACAAGCUACCGCUAACAGAUGUAUCCUCGCCUGUGAUCCUGGGCUAUGCGCCCAAUACUCAAUCCAAAUACUUGCAUCGUGGCAUUACAUUCUUAUCGGCAGCUUUGUGUGCUUGGCAGAUAUGGCGAUCAUAUAAGUAAACAAAAAGCACUCUGAAUGGGAUAAGUCAGUCAUUGCCAGUGCAGUCAGCAAUGAAGCGGCCCGUAAUCUUGAACUUGACCCUAAGUAUUUGGUUUUAUAAGUUAGUUAAACGCUGUGGCGUAUGCAUUUCUUUUAGAAUUUCGAUACUUUUCGUUUUCCUAGUUAAAUUUUAAAGUGGUUCAAAGUCCGAAAUGUCAAUGAGUGUUUCUCUAUAGUUGUGCAUGUUUUUGGCA